AUGAUCGCUUUAGUUGAUGCCGUAGAAUGGUACCAUGUGGAUACCUCAAACGAUAAGCCAAAGUCAUCGGGAGCAACGGCGUUUGCUGCCCAAGCCGGCGGUGGGGCCAAUAAGAUAAAUCGUGGAAUGCUUCGACGCACCUUGAAUGUGCGGAAUGUGGAUGGAAAUAUUGGAAGGAAUGUGUCACUGCAAGGCACUGAGUCAGCUCGUCCAACAUUUCAGAAAUGGCUUACGUUCUAA